ACAAUCCUCUUGCGACGCGCCCCCUGGGCACGAACUCGACAUUCUGUCUCUCUCGUUCGUCUGGCCUCACCCCGUUAUCCACGUUCUCACCGCCGCGCCUGGUGCUGUCUCAGUGUCCCCCGCCACUCUUGCCUGAGCCGUCGGUGGAAAUUUCUUGAACCGAAAACAUUCACUCUCUUAUCGCUGUUCUAUCGCGAUUAUCAAAUCUACUGUCACCCUUCGCCAUAUACCCCACGUUCAAGAGACGUAGUAUGGCGGACAAACUGCCAGCAAGUACUCCUCGGACUCUCUUAUUUGUCU